AUCUCAACCCAACAAUAAACCGACCAAAGCCAAAUCCAUACAAUAACUACAGUGCCAUCCAAACACAUGAAUCCCCUAUAGUCCACUCAUGGAGUCACCCUCUUCCUCUUCCUUACCACCCUACAAACAACCCGGUUCCAAACUCCUUCCUCUCAGCCAAAUCCCAUCAUGCUCACCUGACACGCGAGUCCGUUUCCUUGGCUGGUACUCUCCUUCCUUCCUUCCUUCCCCUCUCACCACUUCCGGGAAGCGAUACAAAUUAAUCAUACUUAACAGCAUAGCUUCCUACGAUAUGGCAACCGCCCGACUAAGCCUAUUUCAUCCCCCUUCGUCAGUCUUGGUAAAGACUGACGUCUCGCUACUGACGAGCUCGCUUUCCAUGGGAGCUUUGAGGAAUGGGGAGUGGGUUAACGUCAUUGGGGAUACGCAGAAGGAGGAAGAGGGGGAAGGGAUGUUGGUCAGGGCUGUAACGCUCUGGUCGGCCGGUGGAAUUAACUUGGGGAAGUAUGAGAAGGGGAUGAAGGGGAGGUUGGAGGCCGAUGCAUCGGGUUGAUCGAAGAGGUGAAGUUUCGCCACCCUCGCGUCCAGCAUAGGCACAGACUCCCCUUUGUGAUAUCGUGUUGGUCGGGUAUCCGUAGUGGGUGAAUGAGACCGUGAGUUUUCCGCACCCAUUUUUUUCCUGUUUGCUGUUGUUUCAUCCUCAUUUCUCCGGGGGUGUUCCCUUGCACUGUAUCGUGACCCGUGGAAUGGGUUAGGGAAGUUUGGCACCAACCGUCUAUUAUUCCCUGCUCAUAAUCAUCACACGGUGCCUCUCAUCUCAAUAUCUAUACUAACAUCCAACGUCUAGACAGAGUAUAUAACCACUGCGGUUGAGGACAGAGCGGCAGAAAUAAUAUACCCAAUUACGAAGCCACAUGGAACCUAAGUUCUAUUACCAAUGCCUUGUUAUUGAUUUCCGAAAACCCCACCUGACGAGUGAGCAAAGCCAGAGUUUGAACAUGGCAGAGGAAAACCCUACCCAACCCAACCAUAUGCAGUCUAAUAGUAUAUAGAGAAUCCAUGCAAAGUAAAAUACAGCCG